AGCGCCGGCGGCUAACAGCCUCGGGGCGAAAAUGCACCCUGGCAUGGGAGUGUCAGCGGGCGAACGUCGCUGCGGCGAAAAUACGGUGAUGCAGCCCAGGAACGGGAUCUGCGACAAGAUCGAAAAUUACAUAUCCGAUCUGGGACAAUGGUCAGUAUGGAGAGCGAUAAUACUGGGACAAGUGCUGUCCCUGGUGUUAUGCCUCAUGACGCACGCGAAUCAUCACAUCAACACCGCGUAUCAACUCGCGCUCCCGUCCGCACAAAACCUUCCGCAUUACGUUAUGAUGUGUCUUGUAUACACAACCUGGAUGUCCUGCAGAGGAGUAGGGAACGGGCUAAUUUCUGUCAUAAAAGCCCGUGGAUGGAGGUACUUGCUGUUGGCCCUCAUUGACGUUGAAGCGUGUACACUUGUAACAUCCUCGCAUCAAUUCACCAGCCUGGCUGGAAUACAGCUGCUCGAUUGCGUGGCUAUACCAGUUGCAUUGGCGCUGUCGUGUUUGGUUCUCGGAGUGAGAUACAGAAUGGUGCACAUAGUCGGCGUUUCUGUUUCUUUGAUGGGGGUGGGAUGCUUGGUUUGGGCAGGAAUUGAUGACAAUAAAGAUCCUGCGACUACAGGGAAGAAUCACCUUGUUGGUGAUAUGUUGUGCCUCGGUGGCGCGGUAUUGUUCUCCAUAACAACGGUACUACAAGAGUUAACAGUAAAGACAGUCGAUAUUAUCGAGUAUCUCGGCAUGAUCGGUUUCUUCGGCACUAUAUUAUGCUGCAUGCAAACGGCCGUGUUAGAGAGCUUAAAGUUGGAAUCAUUUCAAUGGUACAACGCACCAGUAAUCACGUUCUUGGUGUUUUACUGCAUCACGCAAUUCGUAUUUUUCUCGCUGGUGCCUGUUAUAUUGUUCGAAUCCGGUGCAACUGCACUGCAAUUAGCACUGCUGACUGCAGAUUCUUUCAACGUUUUAUUUGGCAUGCUGCUUCAUCAAUACAGGUUUCACGCAUUGUAUUUCGUCUCCUACACGCUCACAAUGACAGGCAUAUACAUCUACGCGAUAAAGAGAACGCCAAUGUCGUCGAACUCACGAAGACAGCACGCUGAACCCUCCGCUCCAGAUUACAGUGAUGUCAUUUUAAGACAUAUGUCUCAUCCUGACGUCGGAGAGGUGGAAAUGGCAACAAGUUCAGGGAUGUCUGGCGUGAGUGGUACCCUCGACAUGAGGACGUCGACCCUUGGCAGCGAAAAAGAAACAGUAGACGCGACAAGUUUACCGCCAAGCGUUAGCUCUGACACGGCCUUCACCUCUUUUUAUGGAAGUUACUACGACUGAGAGGGACCGCGGGAAGACUCAGAAGAAACAUAGAGCCAGUCGGGAAACUCUUAAAUUUGCCGCGUACGCGCUCUUGUUGAAGUUUUACACCAAGUUCGAAAUUAACGAUCGCAAAAGAACGUUCUUUCGGUUUCUAUGAUGUUAUACAACGUAAGGAUAUAAAUAGAUCUCUUGGUCGAUUAAUAAUAAUAAGUUUAUAAUAACGCGUUGCACAGUGUUCUGAUUAGCGCAGUGAUUUUUCUAAGAAUUUAACCGUCUAAAAUAUCGAUCAAUCGCGUAUAAAUGCGAUCUUCAUUGUUGAUUUGACUGUUUAUCAAAAUGAAAAAUACUAUACAUUCUUGUUGCUCAACAUACUUUGUAAAUGAUAACGUUGCGGUGUAAUACAAUCGAUUGUUAUUAGGUCUAAAAGACGUUAUCUAAUUUACCCGUUGUAAGAUAAUAAGUGAGAGCCGAUGACGAUCAUUUUUAUGAUUCUUAUUCAUCUUCGUUUGCGAAUUGCAUUUACAUUCUAUCGUCCAUCCAUGUGUCGGAACGUUAUUUCACAUGUUGUGUAUAUUUUUUUGAAGUAAAUCAAUAAAUAAACAAUAAAUAAAAUGCAAAA